CAGAGAGGUUCCAGCGCUCCGUGAUUUCAAGCAGCGAAAGUCCGCACUGUUCUUCAGUCAGAGCAGAAAGCAGUAACCUCGUUUCCGAGAGAUUUCUGUUUUAUUUCUUUGGAUAUUUUCAAAUAUUUCAGCGGAGUCUGCUCACUCGUUUUUUGGAUGUGUAAAUGUGGAUCUCUUUACGCACUUUAAGUUGGCUCUUCGUCUACGCUUUCUCCUAAUUUGCUCAACUCCCGAGUGUGUUUGCGGAGAGCAGGGGGGUGACAAAAGGCUUUUAAACGGAGGGGGUUAAUGUAGCGGAGGGGUGCAGACACCACACAGCGAGGUGAGACUGGGGUGUUUCCGUGGCAAAGCUGUGGAGUUGGAGUUGUUUGAGAAAUUCUGCAAUGGGGAAAACGUAUUUUAAAACCCGCACCACCAAAACCAGCACCGAGGUCAGGGCUAUGGCUUCCCUCCGCCGCAGUUUGUAAGAAGGAAGAUCUGUGUGCACUGUAAGUGUCGCCGUGAGGAGCAUGCUGUGACAGCCAUGCCUGUAGAGAUGGAGAAGACGGUCACCAAGCUGAUGUACGACUUCCAGAGGAACUCCACCUCGGACGACGACUCAGGCUGUGCCCUCGAGGAGUACGCCUGGGUCCCACCGGGACUCAAACCUGAGCAGGUACGCUACUGUAAUGGUCUGGACGACGAGGAGAAGAGAGAACUGAAGCUGUUCAGUAACCAACGGAAACGGGAGAAUCUGGGCCGCGGCAAUGUCCGACCGUUCCCCGUGACGAUGACGGGGGCGAUCUGCGAACAGUGCGGAGGCCAGAUAAAUGGCGGCGACAUUGCUGUGUUUGCAACACGGGCUGGUCACAGUGUGUGUUGGCACCCAGCCUGCUUCGUGUGCAGCAUGUGCAACGAGCUCCUGGUGGACCUCAUCUACUUCUACCAGGACGGGAAGAUCUACUGCGGGCGGCACCAUGCUGAGAGGCUGAAGCCACGCUGCACCGCCUGCGAUGAGAUCAUCCUUGCAGAUGAGUGCACCGAAGCAGAGGGGCGUCACUGGCACAUGAAGCACUUCUGCUGUUUCGAGUGCGAGACUGUGCUGGGGGGCCAGCGCUACAUCAUGAAGGAAGGACGGCCCUACUGCUGCUCCUGCUUCGAGUCACUCUACGCAGAGUACUGCGACUCCUGUGGGGAGCACAUUGGCAUUGACCAGGGCCAGAUGACUUAUGAUGGGCAGCACUGGCACGCCAUAGAGGGAUGUUUCUGCUGUGCCCGCUGCAAAUGCUCUCUGCUGGGUCGACCUUUCCUGCCCAAGCAGGGCCAAAUCUUCUGCUCCCGCUCCUGCAGCCUGGGGGAGGAGCCCAACGGCUCUGACUCCUCUGAUUCGGCUUUCCAAAGCGCUCGCUCCACCAGAGAGUCGAGACGCAGCUCCAAGGCAGCGAAGAGUGGAGGGGGAGAGCAGAAUGAGAGGUUUUCAGGGGAGGUGGACCCACUGUCUUUACAAAUGGAUCUCCUGAGUCUCUCCAGCCAAACACCCAGUUUGACUCGCGAGCCACCUGCAUGGCAGAGCCAAGAGCAGGCACGUGACAUCUAUAACUAUGAGUCCCAAUCAGACGGGACUGCAAACCCCACCCCUCUCCAGCUGCUCAGCCAGUGCAAUGUCAGAACUGCCUAUAACCCCACCUGCUCUGGACAGAGUAAUCAACAGCAGGAUCACAGGAUCAAGGAGAACGGGAUUUUAAAGAGACCAACCAUCUCAGCCCUGAAAGGCCAAUCUAUGAAUGAGAUGUGGUUCCAACAGCCGGUUCCAGAGGAUUACUAUCCACCUAAGCUGAGGACCCAGAAGAGCUUCACAGAGAUGUCCCAAUGUUCUCAGCACCACAAUGGCUUUUCCUCUGACAAGCGUUCGAUCAGUUUGCACGGCUUUCAGAGGGACAGAGAGGUGGGGCCUCCAGCUGCAACCCAGGUGGCAAGGAGCAGGAACCCCAUCAAUGCACUUAACUUCUCAGAACAACUGACGCCUUUGGAGCAGACCCCAAGAGGGUCCAUGGAGUCGCUGGCCAUGUCCAAUGCUACAGGUCACUCUGCCGAUGGAGGAGGAAAGCGUCAGGAGCAUCUUUCCCGCUUCUCCAUGCCAGACCUGAGCAAAGACUCUGGAAUGAACGUGUCGGAGAAAAGUAACAUGGGCACCCUCAACUCUUCAGCGCAGUUUCGAAGCUCUGGCUCUAUUCACAGCCUCACAGCCGGUCAGCCCUACAUGGAAAUGAAUCCUCCCAGGUCAGCCCCGUACCAGUUGCAGUACUGCGACCCCUCUGGCAUGGGGGUGGGCAUGAGUCAUUUACCGCCCGGUUUCACCUUCCAGGAGGAGGACAGGGUGAGUUUGGUGAGCAGUGCCAACGCUGCCCGUCUACCACCCAUCAGUGAGCGCAGGGUGGGUGGUGUCAGUGUCGCUGGAGGUGGAAGGGGUGCCGGUGUCAGGAUAGAUGCACCAGAGGACACUCCCCAGAGGCGCCGGCACCACCACCACUCCCGGAGAUCUCGUCGGUCUCGUUCAGAAAACGCUCUCAAUUUGGUGGCCGAGCGAAGAGUGAGACCUCAGGAAAGACCACAGUUGUGUGUCCGUGAGGAUUACGACCGUUUCCCGCCGCCCAGGAGCGCCAGGGACCAGUUCGGGGGUGGAGGCGGCGGGGCGGGAAGAUACCAGCCCCAACCUUUCAGGCCGUGCCCCAGGACCACUUCAGACCUGACUCUUCAGAACCCUGGGGCCGGCCGGCGCACUGGCUUAAACCAAUACUCCUGGGAUGAUUACGAUGAUGACGGCUGGUGCUCCACUUGCUCCUCAUCCUCAGAAUCAGAGGAUGAAGGGUACUUUCUGGGCGAGCCGAUCCCCAGACCAAUCCAGAUGCGCUACCUCAGCAACCAGGAGCUUGUCCAUAAGUACAACAACACAGGGAUCGGAGCACCCAGCCACAGCGGGCAGUUACACACCCGCAAACGCAGAAAGAGCAAGAACUGCAUUAUCUCCUAACAUCCUGUCGUCCAGCAACGGAAAUGACUCUUUGUCCAGCGUGUGUACACUAACAUCUUCCAUCUGGAACAAAAAAAAUAAAUGAAACUAAAGGUCCAUUUAUUCAGUGUUGUUGAGUGUUGAAUAUCAAGUAAUAGAGAGUCAGUGAUGAAUAACAGUCGGUAAAACAGUGAAAAAGCAUGCAUGUUUGUUCAUUUCAAUGUUUCAGAAAAUCUCCUGAGUAUUAAGGCUAACAAUGCGCAUUUCUAUCAAGUCACAACAUUUAUCAAACGCUGAUGUGCAAUUUUAUUUUACUCAUAACUUCAAUUCCAUGCAGCAAACAAGUGUGCAAGGUAGUCAGAUUGGUAAAGUUGAGCUUUUUCAUGCAAUGUGAUUUGGAUAUACUGUACUAUUGUAUUUAGUUCAUAGUAUGUACAUAGAUAAUUGAAUUAAUAAUUUCACUUAAGUUAAGGAAGUCCAUGUAAAUAUGGUUGUAAAUGAGGCCUCACAUAUUUUUAUAUUUUGUAUUGAUAGAAUCAUUUAUGUAUUAAAUAUCUAUAAUGUAGAGAUAGAAAAUGACAACAUAUGCAUGUUUUAUUUGGCUGACCUGGUCCUGCAUUUGGAAUAAAGGAGUAUUUCAGUGAGUGUUUUGAUUGACAGCUGGUGUUUCUCUCCAGACACAUGUGUCUAGUUUUCACAAGAGUGAGUAACAGUCACCUUCUCCAUCUGUUUAAUGCAUAAAUGAAUGACAAUGUGGUGUAGAGGUUGAUUGGGAGAGUCACCCUCCGCUGGUUUGUUAUACUUCAACCCUAAUGGGUGCCGUCACUUGGAGCGAACAGAGCUCCAUUGUCCUGGAAACAGAUGCUACUGAAGAUCUGGUUCAUAUCAUCAGACUAUACAAAUUGGAAACGACUGACAACGGUCCAGGGAUUUAGUUAUUAAAAUCUGGUGAUACUUGCUAUAUUUACAUGCUAGCGGCUGAGCGGAUGGCAAUGCUGAUCCACCACUUUGCUCCAAGCUGGAAAAUCUAUGACCAAAUCUAUCUAUUAUUUUCUCUAGCACCAAAAGCAGUUAUAUAUAUUUUUGUACGAUUUGUAAUAUCACUAGAUUUGCUUGGCAUGGAUCUUCAUGUUUUCAUCAAUAGGGACUGAAUUCAUUAAGGUGGUUGUCUUCCUUUACGAUUUUU